UCAUUAUCUUUUUAACCCUAAGCAUAUCACCACACUCUCUAGUUCCUUCUCCGGAGACACAGACAGAGUCAGAGACACAGAGAAAUGGGAAUGAGAUCGAUGAUCGCACUAAUCCCCCGAUCGGCAGCGAUCGGUGCAACAAGCCGGAGUAGCUUCCGUUUCUUCAGUGAUGACAGGGGCCGGAUCCUCAGUGAGGAGGAGAAGGCCGCCGAGAACGUCUACAUCCAGAAAAUGGAGAGAGAAAAGAUGGAGAAGAUGAAGAAGAAGGCAGAGAAAGAGCAAGCCGAAGCUGAGAAGCAGAAAUCAGAGAAGAUGUGCUGCCUUCAGAAAUCAGAGCAGCCUCGCUGAUGCGACUGGGAGAUCUCCAUGUGGUGUUGAAUCGUUGAUCAUUUCCCUUGGCAUCAAGAGACUAAUAAUUGUGAAUAAAUGUGUAAAUCUGUUCCUACUGAAAACUAUAGGCACCAUGCCAUGCCUUGUAUAAACUAGUCUGACUUUGUUGUUUGCUGUUGUUCCAUCUUGUUGUGUUACCUAAAACUCUUUUUACAUGGUGUUGCAUCCGUGCUCUAUUUGUCA